CUGGACGUGGCCGGAAGUGGUAUUUUCAACUAUGGCUGACACCGACAAACUUGCCAAUGAAGUCAAAACUAUGACUCUACAAAAUGGCGAAAGCACUGCCCCUAAUAAUUCGAGUGAUGAUUUUAUGAAUGACUGGGGAUUUCCACUGCCUGACUUAUAUAAGCUCGCCUUAAGAUUUUACAAAGGUACAACGAAUGGCAGCGAAAAAGAUGGAAAGGCAAUACAUUUAACAUAUAAAGAAAAGCUGAGAUUAGUAGCAUAUACAAAGCAAGCAGCCCAUGGGAAAUAUCGUAAUGAUGUAUCUCCAGAUGUUGGAUUCCUAGAUGUUGUAGGCAAUGAUCGAAGCACCAGACUAAGUACAGAUCCCAGUAUGUGGCAAGCAUGGCAGAACUUAGGAGAUAUGUCAAAAGAAAGUGCCAUGAUGGAGUUCAUUAAACUGGUAGAUAGUCAAUGUGGCUUACUUCGACCGUACAUAGAGGCACAUAAAGCAGAAAAUAUGGAAAAAAUUAAAAAACAAAGAGAAGCGGAAGAACAAAGAAGAAGGGAGGAAGAAGAAAAGGAAAGAAAAAGGUUGGAGGAAGAAGCUCAGAGGCAGUUAGAAAUGGAAAGAAAAAGACAAUUGGAACAAGAAAUGCAGAUAAGAACAGCUUUAAAUCAACAGACGGCGGUGCAGUUUAGUCAAUAUGCUACUCAACAAUGUCCAGGAAAUAAACAACAGCAAGAAGAAUUGAUACGACAGUUACAAGAACAGCAUUUCCAACAAUACAUGCAACAAGUUUAUCAACAGCAGUUACUCCAUCAACAACAGCAGUAUCAACAGUUACAGCAGAACACGCCGUCUGCUCAACAGUUACAACAGAACAUGUCGUCUGCUGCGCCCAAUACAACAACAACAACAAACAACAAUCCUAAUGUUACAACAGUUAUAACAAAAACAGAAACAAAAGAACUCACACAGGCACAAAUGCAACAAAUGCAACAACAACAACCUAAUGGUCCGACAUCAGUCCCAACAGAACAACCAGACACAAAUGGCAACAAAGAAGAUUUUCCAACUCCAAUGCCAGUUUUAAUGCCUGCAUCAAUCUGGACACGCAAAGAUAUAAAAGCCUUUAAAGACAGUGUAAAAACUUGUAAAGAGAAUGUAAUAAAGAUUGCAUCCUUGGCUACUGCCACAGUACGAGUACCAACACAUGAAGACGGGUCAUGUUUAUUCUGGGAAUUUUCCACGGACUACUACGAUAUAGGGUUUGGUGUAUACUUUGAGUGGACGGUGGAACCCAGUAAUGCAGUCACAGUACAUGUUAGUGAAUCUAGUGAUGAAGAAGAUUUAGAAGAGGAACAACAAGAAAAUAAAGUUGAUGUAGAGCAGGGAAGUAAACAAGACAAUCGACCGCCUACAGAUGAAAUUAUACCUGUAUAUCGGCGAGACUGUCAUGAAGAGGUGUAUUGUGGGAGUCAUGCGUACCCAGGGCAGGGCGUUUAUCUACUUAAAUUUGACAAUUCCUACUCAUUAUGGCGAUCUAAGAACUUAUACUACAGAGUUUAUUACAGUCGAUAGUUUUAUGUGUAUGUUAUGACGUUAUGUAUACUGUUAUUGUAUCAGUCGUAAGGCUUUUAAUAUUAUUUUAAAUAUUUGUUGAGCCAAAACUGAUUUAUCGUAAAAAUGGAAGAAAGACCUGUAAAUGUUACACAAGUUUUGUGAACUAUUUUUAAUGUCCCUUACAUGCUUUAAUGGGUUGAUCAUAGAAAUCAUUUAUUUUAUUGUAUGACGUGUAUAUCAAGCAUUUAGAUAAGCUUUUGAAACCAUGGUUCAAAAGAUCGCAUAAUACUUUAUGAUGCACUGUUUGAUUUUAAUUUAAAAACACUGGAUCCAUUGAAUCAUCACACGUUCUUUGUCCUUUUUUCCUUCUUUAAAACAUUGAUUAAAGAGAGAUACUAUAAACCAAGUAUUUUUUCACAAGAUUUAUUUUCGCAACAUUAUCGAGUAAUUAGGAUUAUGUAAAACUUAGAUAUUUCCUGAUAUGAAUAUAUCAAGAUAAUGAGGAAAUCGCUGAAAUAAAUCAUAGGAAGUUGGCAAAUAAUAAUUUGUCAUGAAAUUAAGUAUGCACAAAUAAAUACAAAACAUUUCCAACAUUUUUAACUUUUUAUCACUAAAUCAUUCCAUGAUUAGAGUAAAUAACUAUUGUAUAGAGGUUAUUCUGUUGGGAAUUUUUUUUGAAAGUCACUGAAAAGAAGGAAGCAGUAUACAUUUAAUUUUCAUCCUGAAUAUGCUUGAAAUAUUUGCCACUAGAUAUUAUGCCAAGAACAAUCAAUAAAGCCAUUUUAGAUUGUGAUUUUUUUCUUAUAUGGUCUUGUAUUGAUAAUAUUUAUAAUGUUGUACUAACAUUAAAAACAUAGAAUUGUAAUGAAAACUUGACUGUAAAUGCAUAGGCACAUAUCUCAAACAGUAAUAGGAAAGCAUUUUGCUAAAAUGUUAUAUUAGAAAUUAUGAGUUGAACAUUUUGUAUUUAAGAUUUAUUAAUUGUUUAAAUAAUACACAUUCAAACAAAGAAAACAUUGCCUAUCAAAUAACUUGUAUCAGAUUUUUUCAGGCAUCUUUUGAGAAAGUAUUAUGUAUCAAGAAAUUUCAUAAUUUCAUAUUCUUUUUGGUUUAUAUAAAGAUUCUAAAGCGAUGUUAAAUUUCAUUUCCAGGUGAUCAAUUUAGCUAAACAAUAAGUAACCAAUUACAGGCGCAUGGAGCUUCAUUUAUUGUAUCUUGAGACACAAAAUCAUAGUAUUCUUCAUAAAAAGCGGGUCUUAUUAAUAAUUUUGUCCUAAUUCAUAGAUUUUUCAAUCAGCGCUUUUCAUACCCUCAUUAAUUUUGGUUAUCUCCCUUAUGCAUGUGUUCUGUAUAUGAAUAUUGAAUGAGUUUGGGUUUUAUUUGUAAACAUGAUAGAUACAUUCACCAUUUAGUGACGAGCAAACUUAAAAAAUAUUUGAAAUCAAGCUUUAUUUUACGUUGUUUGUCAAAAUUUUCAUCGAUAAUGGUCCCUGAUUUUGUAGUUAUCAUUUAAUUGUUGGCGUUUUAUUGGAUUUAAAAAAAAAUGGAAUAUUUAUCCAUAUUUUCUAGUGGUAAAGAUUUUUACUGGAUUUUUACACUUGCCGUGGUACCUAACACUGCAGGGAGAUAACUCUAUAAAGUCAGCUAAACGUUUUAGUUACGUUGUGUUGUAAAAGGAAUAUUAAGCUUCUCAAUGAUCAAAAUUGGUGUUGGUCAAAACGAUUGGUUCAAAAUUUUAGAAAUUUUUAUAUUUUUGUUAACGGGUCAAAGUAAAUCAUUUGACAAAACUGUAUGAAAAUUAAAAGAGCCAAAUUAAUUUAAUGAAAGUGUUGGGUACCACCUUAAAAAAAUGUUCAAUACAGAAGAGUUAAUAAAAAAAUCCUGGUGCUUCUUCUUCAUAGAUGUUUUUUACGAGAAAAAGCUGUUCAAGUUUGCAUUUUAUAAAGUUAAUUAUCUGAUGUAGCUGUACAAUAUUUAUUCUAAUGCAACAACGUCUGUAACGUUCAUUUUGAUUGGAUAAUGUCACUUAUUUACAUGUACAAUAUUAAUUAUGCAUGCUGAAAGGAAGACUUUAAUUAAUUAAAAUAAAAUAAAAUUAUGGUUGUAAAGAUUUAUGUUUGUAUUGUAUUAUUUCUGUGUGAUAUUAUUUGAAUAUUGUCAGUUAUACUACAAAAAUUAGGAGUACAUAUUGAUUAAAUAAGUUAAUAUAUAAAUUAUAUUUGCCUAUAUACCUUACAUGCUAUGAAAAAGUACUGCAACUAAAAUAAGAUAGAAGUAAAACUUUGUAUUUUAAAGGUGGAUAUUUUUGUCGGUUGAUAUUUCAUGAUUUCAAUGUAAAAACUAUUACUUUUGGUUUUAUCCCCUCAUCCACCAAUAAGUUCUGUACCAAUAUUGUGUUAAAUAAUGAAAGCAGUUGGUAUUUUGUCACAUUUUACAUGAUCCCAAGAUAAGGGAAAAUAUCUUGAGCACAAAAUUCUUGUCAUUCCUGGAACUGUAUGUCCUUCCUAAACCCUAUUAAAGUUGCCUCCCCUUUUCCAUUCACAAUGGUGAAACAGAAUUUAUAUGUAUUGUAUGUGUUUCUACCAACUUGCCAAUUUCAAUGGACUUAAAACUUACAUUAGCAGUGUAUUUGUGACAUGUAUGUGCAUUCAUCUUUAGUUAUGAGUUUUUAUGAUAACAUUUUGGGUCAUACAAUGAUUUAAAGUAGAGUCUAGCUGUUACUUAUUUUUUUUUUUCACUUCUUUUGUAAAUGUUAUAUUUAUAUUGUAUAUUUUCUUAUUAUUUAUUACCUUACGUAAUACUGUGCAAAUCCAUGGAAUAUUUUUACCACUCUGAUCACCACAUUAUUUCCCGUACUUUGUAUGAUGUAUUUGAGGGACAGAUUUAGGUUACGAAAAAACAAUAAACUGUGAUUGGCUUGUGUUAUGUAUAAUAUAUGGAACAUACAACUGUGGUCUUUGUUGGUUAAUAAAUUGUGAUAUACCAUG